AAUUUAAUAAAUUUACCUUUUUUAUUUUAUAUUUUUUUUUGUUUUACAACUGAUUCUUAUCUGCGAAAAAAAAAAAAAUUAAGACAUAUAUAAAUAUAAGCAUGUUAUUUCCAAAGUCCUCCAAUUUUUUAUUCUCCAAGUCUAUUAAUCCAAUAGCACGUUCACAAAGUUUAUUUAGUAGACCUCAUUCACUUUAUAGACUAAAACUACAUACUCAAGUACCUAAAAAUACUGCUGCUAUUAUGCCUACAGUUGAAGAAACCUUUGUUCCCCCUAAAACUUUCAAUAAAGCUAAAUUAGUUGACUUUGCUUGUUCCUCAUAUUAUAACAAUGGUACUGCAUUACCAUUGCAUUUGCGUGAGCAAUUGAAUAUGAGAGGACAAACCCCUUCAAUUGUUGAAAGCUUUCAAAAGCAAGCAGAUAGAGCUUUAAAGACAUUACGUUCAAAGCAUAGUCCAUUAGAAAAAUAUACUUUUAUGGCACAAUUACGUAACAAUAAUACACGUUUAUUUUAUAAGCUCGUUAAUGACCAUAUUGAGGAAUUUGCCCCUAUUAUUUAUACACCAACAGUUGGAGAAGCAUGUCUUCAAUAUUCAUCUAUUUAUCCUUUCUUAACUCCACCAGGUACACCCGAUGGACUUUAUCUUACACUGAAUGAUCUUCCUCAUAUGGAUGAAAUUCUUCAAGCUUAUAAACAACGCACAGGAGAGACACCAGACAUUACAGUGAUAACAGAUGGUUCACGUAUUUUAGGUUUAGGUGAUCUUGGUAUAAAUGGUAUGCCUAUUAGUAUGGGUAAACUUCAACUUUAUGUAGCAGGAGCAGGUAUUGAUCCUCGCAAGACACUCCCUAUCGUUCUUGACUUUGGUACAAAUAAUGAAAGUAAUUUACAAAACGAGUUUUAUUUGGGUGUCCGUCAAAAGCGUCCUGAAGAUCCUGAAUUCUAUGCUGCUGUCGAUCAAGUUCUUAAAUCCUUAGUACGCAACUUCCCCAAUUUACUUGUUCAAUUCGAGGACUUCUCUACUGAACAUGCCUUUGGACUCCUCAAGAAUUAUCAAAACAAGCUUCUCUGUUUCAAUGAUGAUAUUCAAGGUACAGGUGCUGUCAUCCUUUCCGGUCUUAUCAAUGCCUUUAGAAAGGUUGAAUCUGAAUCCAAGGUUCCAUUAAAUCAACAUCGUAUUGUCUUUUAUGGUGCAGGAUCAGCAGCCAUUGGUGUUGCUCAGCAGAUUCAAGAGUACUUGGAGAGUGAAUACAACUUGAGUGAGGAAGAGGCAAGAAAUAUGUUUUACAUUUGUGAUUCCAAGGGUUUAGUAACAGCUGAUCGUGGAGAUAAACUUCCGGAACACAAAGUCUAUUAUGCAAGACGAGAUAACAAUGGAUUACAAUUAAAGAACCUUGAGGAUAUUGUGGAUUACAUCAAGCCUACAACCUUGAUUGGUCUUUCAUCAUGUCCAGGUGCCUUUAAUAAGGAUGUUCUCAAGCGUAUGUCUACCAUCAAUAAACAACCUAUCGUUUUCCCUCUCUCUAAUCCAGCUACUAAAGCUGAAUGUACCUUUGAGGAUGCUAUGAAGGCCACCAACAACAAUGUUAUCUUUGCCUCCGGAACUGCAUUCCCUGCUUAUCUUGUACCCGAAACAAACCAAACACGUUAUCCAGGUCAAGGUAAUAACAUGUAUAUGUUCCCUGGUUUAGGUCUUGGUGCUAUCCUCGGACGUCCCGAAUCUAUUACAAAUCGUCUCAUCUUACGUGCCUCUAAGGCUCUUGCUGACUCAUUGACGGAUGAGGAACGUGCAAAGGGUUUAUUAUAUCCCGAGUUAUCUCGUAUUCGUGAUAUCUCCGCUGUUGUAGCUUCCUCUGUCAUUGAACAAGCUGUCAAGGAUAAAAUUGCUACCUCUGAUGAUGUCAACUCUCUUCAUCCUGAUGAAUACCUUAAUUUUGUAAAGAGCCGUAUGUGGUCUCCUAACUAUGAUGAUAUUGAAUAAAUAAAAUAUUAAUAUAUAUAUAUAUAUAUGCAUAUGGAGAGCAUGGAGAAGGUUUUGUUUUAUUUUAAUAAUAUAGCAAUAUACAC